GACGUCACCGUGUUUGUGUCGGCGAUGUAAACAAGACGGACGGAGCUGAGGACGACGCUCUGUGCAGCUGAUGACACCUGCGAUACACCCGUAGACGGCCGCCAUGGGGCUCCCUGUUACCAUUAAAGUCAAUUUCCGGGGGAACGUGAAGAGGUUUCUGGCCCAGGAUCUGGACAAAUUGGAGUGGGAGUCGGUGGAAGCCUGGAUCAAAGCAUCAUUUGGGAUCAAUCACUUUCAAGUUAAAUACUUUGAUGAGGAUAAUGAAGAGAUUUGCAUUAACAGUCAAGAUGAAUAUGAAGAAGCCAUCAAGAGUGCAGAGAAACAGGGCAAUCAGUUGCACAUGAAUGUGUACAAGAUGAAAGGGCAGGCCUGUGGAGGUCCACUCAAGACUGAGGUGAAGGAGCUGAAAGGAGACCUUCGACCUGCUCCUCCUUAUCCAUCGAGAGUCAAAUCAGUGGACAAAGGCACUCAGGUCACUCCAGAGCGAGAAAGCGUAACAGUAAAGGACAGCAAGGGGAACAAACCUGAGGAUGAACCUCCUCCUAUGUGGUUCAGAUCGUACAUGGAGAGGUUUAAGGAUGAAGUUGUAAAGGAGGUGGUGGAAAGGAUGUGCAAUGACUUCUCUGGUCAGUGUUGUACCCACAAAAGCUCUGAUGGGCUCAGUGAGGCUAGUGGAGGGGCUAGUGGAGGUCUUAUUGCACCCAGACCGGGCCCGUCCACCUCUAAUGGAUCGCUUGGCUACACCCCAAACUGCAGCAGCUGCAACAAACUCACCUCUGAAGGAGCCUACAAAUGCAGUGUUUGCCCAUCCUGUAUCCUGUGUGAGAUGUGCAGACAUAGCCAUGACCCAAGUCACAGCCUUGUGAGAACCAAGACACCCCUCUCCAUUCCUGAGCAUGGAAUGUCAGGAGAGUUUAGGUUCCCAAGGCGAGGAGACCGGACCGUGCGCAAGGCCGAGCGACAGCGCCUCAAAGCUGAAAGAAGGCAGCUUAGAGCAGAAGUGAAGGAAAUCAAGAAGAAACUGAGACUGGAGAAGAGGGGGCUGCAGUGGAGUGGACCCUCUACCUCAGGCAGAGCCAAUCUGACAAGCAUGACCUCGGCAUCCACCCAGGUCCCAGCACUGCCCCCUCCUGCAGCCCAAACAGCCUCAGGUCCAGCUGCAGUCCAAGGUCCCAUCCCAGCCCCGGUCCCUGAUCCCCAGGCCUCCAGUCCAGAGGGUCCCGGGGUCUCGCACACGUCCUUGGUGCCCACUAUGGCUGCCUUGUUUCUGGAUGAAAAUCUGCCUGACGGCACUCGUCUGGAGCCUGGUACCAAGUUCAUCAAAUACUGGAAGAUGAAGAACUCGGGCACUAUCAGCUGGACAUCAGAGACUAAGCUAGUGUUCAUGUGGGGAAACCUCGGCUUGGCAUCAGAGGAGAGGAGGGAGGUGCCCGUACCCCUUCUGCUGCCUGGACAAGUGGGAGUAGUCAGUGUGGCCUUUGUCGCUCCUGUGAUGGAAGGGAUGUACACCUCCCACUGGCGGCUGGCGCACCGUGGGUGCCAGUUUGGCCCACGGGUCUGGUGCAGCAUCGUGGUCGACCCCGGCGACAGCCGCGAUUCACUCGGGCACCAAAGCAAACCACUGAAAGAGGAGGUGAGGCCCGUGAGGCAGGUAAGGUCCAUGAACAGUGGUUCUGGCUUGCCUGUAGACCUCCACCACGAAGACUACUACUUUCCUUCAGUCGACCUGCUGACUGCACAGGAUCUUCUGUCGUUUGAGUUGUUGGACAUAAAUAUUGUGCAAGAGCUGGAAAAGGUUCCUAACAACACUCCAGUCGAUUUAACACCCUGCAUAUCCCCCCUUCCCCAUGAUGCAGCGGCGCUGGAGAAGUCCAUCACUGCAAGCAUGAGAGAAGACGCAGAGGCCGCAGGCGUCAGAAAGCUUUUUGGAGUGGAGCUGAGGCAGCAGGAGGUGUGGGAGCCUGCGGCGCAGGAAGAGGAGCGGGAGGAGGAGAUCAGCGGGGCUCAGUUCCUCUGUGAGACGGUCAUCCGCUCCCUCACCUUGGAGGAGGCCCCCGACCACAGGCCGCUGCGCAGAGCCCCCCACAGCAAAGCCCCUCACAGCAAAGCCCCUUACAGCAGCCCCCGGCCGCAGGUUGUGUCCCGGAGUUUAAGCGUCUGCUUUGAGAGAGCCGUCGAGGCUGUGAGGGCGCACAAGGAGCUGGAAGAAAAGGAGGAGAGCAGAGCCGUUAGAGCGGAGAGUUCAGUUCCACCCGAGGAGGAAACAGAGCAAAUUGUUUUGCUGGGACCAGACGAUGACAACCUGCUUGUCAGCUCUCACCUCAAGCCUAAAGACAAAGAGGUUGUUGGGGAUAACCAUGAAGAGAAAGAGGAAGGUGGAGCCAGAGAAGACUGGGAUGAGGUCAGCAGCCAGACAUCCUCGGUCUCCUCCUGCGACGAUUACAUCAUCGUCCUCCCAGACUGCUUUGACACCACCCGGCCUCUGGGGGAGUCCAUGUACAGCUCUGCCAUGUCCCAGCCCGACCCCGCCGCGGCCGAUGAGGGGGAGGACGGCUGCGACUUCGAGCCGUGCAGCGAGGCGACACUGAGCGAGAGGCAGGAGGAGCCGGUCGCUGCUCAGGAGGUGUCAGGCGACGCCGGGCCUCCAACCGCCCCUCCCAUCCACAGCAGUGUCAACCAGAUGCUGUGUGCUUCCCAAACACUGGACGCGGUGACACUUACCCCUGAAGUGGUGUCCCCACCUGCCCCCCCUCAGCCCCGGCAGCCCCCACCAGCCCUCUACUCCCCCAGGUCUGAGGCACUGUAUCUGGCGGAGGAUGCCAGUCCUCCGGCAUGUGAGGCGUAUGAGCCCCAGCAACCACGAGUGCACCUAAAUGUUUCAUCUGGUCUGUCAAGAUCAGCAGGCUCAGCAUCCAGUGCCUUUGAGACGUACAAUCCCAGACCAGGCAACGCGCUGCAACCAAGGGGCCAAGGAGGCAUCACCGAGGGACUUGUCAAGGGGGCCCUUUCUGUGGCCGCAUCUGCCUAUAAGGCUCUUUUCACUGGACCAAACUGUUCCAUACAGAGAGGCAUCGACCCGGCCACCAGGCAGGACCCUUCCAUGAUGGCCAUGCUGCUGGAGAUGGGCUUCAGAGACCAGCGGCUCAACCAGCAGCUGCUGAGGAAGCAUGGCUACAGCCUGCUGCACACCGUCAACGAGCUGGUGCAGAUGGCCGAGGACGGCCAGAGCGAGGCCGUGGACGCGCUGGACUGAGGGGCGCCACGCCACAGCAUUCACUCAGCUUCUAAACUUUACCUAGAGAGAAUAAUUAGAGUGACCCUUUACAGUGUCAGGAUUUACGUUAGAAUGUGAAAUGGGAUCAACACUACGAUCACGUCAACAAAUUAAAUAGGGCUGUUUUAUUUCUAGACCAUUAGAGAUAAAAGACCAUUCACAAAAGGCUUUAAUUUUGCUUCUCUAUUUUCAUAAAAAUUGUCAAUUAUAAGCGCCUCUAAAUUAUGACGAGUGGCGAUUAACCUCUUGCCUUGUUUACCUCUGUCAUAGAGCUUAAUGUGCUUGUCAAAAGGAGCUGGGUUUGUAGUAGCGCCAGCACAAAACCGCAUUUCAGCUCUCCAUCUCUGUUCGGCUGCCGUAGCUGCUUCCUCAGCGCUGGAGAGGGAGCUGCUCGUGAGCUCGUGAUUAGAGAAACCGAAGGCUCUGGAAUAUCCUAAAGAGGUGAAAAGGUCUGGACAAGCCGGCGCUCUCGUGUAGUGAUGUGAUUGAAGCUCUGCGGAUGUUCUGGUCGACAGGCUUGGAGUAGUGACGUGAAAGAUAUUUAAGACUUUUAUUAAUAAUUGUAGUGGAAUUUGCCUAACAAUGCAAUCUAUUUCUGUAUCAGAGUACUGUUAUUUUAGACGUUGACAUGUGGAAUGUAAACCAAACAGUCCGAGCGGAUGGCCGUUCAGACUGGGAUGUUUUCUACAGCUUUUUAGGAGACGCCUGCAUGACGGGUAGAGGCUUCACAGACGAGUCGUGUCCUCGUGGUCUUAGCACAGUCGCAGUGGAAAAUGUCCGCUUUGCAUCAUCUGUUAUGGCCCACCUCGCCGGCCUGCAUUCUCACCCCCCUGCCCCCAAGUGGAACCCAUCAUUUAGCUCUAAUGAAAGCAGAGAUGUCUCUAACCACACAUUCCUCAAACUACGGAAGUAUUGGGGCCAGGCAGGAGAAAAAUAAAAAUAAUAUUUUAGAGGAGGAAGAUUUUUUUUUUUCAUCAUGCACUUCGAGAAAAAAGUCGAAAAUGUCGAGAUUAAUGUUGAAGUACAAUUUCGUGGAAAAAGUCGAAAAUGUUGAGAUAAAAGUCAAAAUUUCGUGAAUAAAGUUUUGAUUGAUGAUUUGAAACACAUAUCACACAUGCAGUUGCAUAACUUCAGAAACGUACCCUUAACGUAACACUCCAAGGGAGUAAGUUAGUUAGUUAGUUAGUUAGUUAGUUAGUUAGUUAGUUACCUUAGUUAGUUAUAUGCAGGCUGCUGCCUGCAUAGCUGUCAGUCACUGGAUUUGAUGGGCCAGAGGAGACAUUUCCACUUUAUUCACGAAAUUGUAUUUCAACUUUAUUCUCGAAAUUUCAACUAUAUUCUUGAAAUUGUAUUUCAACAUUAAUCUCGACAUUUUGACUUUUUUCUCGAAGUACACAAUAAAAAAAACCUUCCUCUCUCAAAUAUUUUUUCUCCUGCAUGGCCCUAAUACUCUUCCGUAUCAAACCCAUCGUGUAACCAAGUAUGUUUUGUGUGAUUGCGUUUUCGGAGCGACGAUCAUUGGUUUACCGAAGCGUGCGUGUCAUGUGAGUGCGUCGUGCUGUGCGUCUGGAUUUAAGAUGUAGACCUUUGUGUUUGUGGUUGAGGUUUUUGGAACCCUUGUUUUUCUUACUUUUACGAUUGUUCAUGUUUUAAGGAAACCAUGCUCUAGAGAGUAACUCUGAAUAUAUCUACUUUGCUUGUCAAAUUAUUCUUCUGACGCAGAGUGUAUACUUUACAUACUUCUGUCAAUCUGCCAAUAAACUAUUUGCACAUCUG